AAAUGCAAUUAUAUUGGUAGUUUACAAUGCUUUUAAAUGUUAUUUAUUUCAAAUCCCUGUGAAAGAAGAAAUUGCUCCCUUUUUUACUCUGAAACAAGAACAACGUACUUCUACAAAAUUAACUUCUGUCUAAAUAACCAUCAUCUUUAAAGACUAAAAAGCACUUGGACAUUAUAAAUUUAUGAAAUUAGGAUUAACGAAAUUCAGCGACUUAGAGAAAAAUGGAAUAAAUUCAGGUACUCCCUUCGAAUAAAUGUGACAUUCAUUUCGAGCCAACAACUCAACAACGAAAAACGACAGUUUAACAUACACACGGAAAGGUCAAACACAUCAAAGACAACUACAUAUAGCACACUAGCUUAUAAAAAUAGCCAGUCCCUUUCGACAUACAGACAUCUUUUACACAGUAUUGUCUUAAACAAUAUAGUUUUCUGUUUAUAACGAAAUAAAAUGUUUUCAAAAGUAGACAUUGCUCAUGUGAAACAAGUUGGCUUGGGCUACCUUGAAGAAGUCAGCAAAAGGCUGUCUAAGCUCAAGAUAGCGGGAGUAAGACUGUCCAAAGGGAGAUAUGAAAUGAUCCUGAGCUUGUGCGUCCUCGGAAAUAUCUGGCUUUUACAUGCUAUAGUUUACUAUAAUCUUCAACACCUAAACCAAUUUCAAAACGGGACAGACAUUGAGGAGGAAGGAGAGUAUGACCUUUCAAGGGUCACUUUGAAACCAGGGCUGGAUACAUUAAUUGGCACUAGUUACGUACCAAUAACAUUGCAUAGAGAAUAUUUAAUGGAAAAUAAAAAACUUUGUACUUCGGUUAAAAAUUUGACUCUUAUAGUGACCGCUUACACCGCCCCAGCAAAUUUUGACAGACGCCAAAUAAUGAGGGGUUCUUGGCUGAAUAAUUCAAACUAUUUGGGUCUCGGGACUGUGAGAGUUGUCUGGCUUUUAGGAAAGACUUCAAAUGCCACCUUGCAGAGAAUGCUUGAGGAGGAAUUUCGGCAGUAUGGGGACCUACUUCAGGGAGAUUUUGUCGACCAUUAUUUCAACUUGACACAUAAAGGCGCAAUGGGUUUCAAAUGGGUUGCAGAGCGUUGUAGGAAUGCCAAAAUAGUUUUGAAAGCUGAUGACGAUAUGAUUUUGAACAUGAAGCAACUUUUUACACAUAUUCUUCCGAGGACUAUUCUGAACCAGCGCCGGCAUCUUUACUGUUACCGAAACCCACACAGUCAAAUUCUAAGAGAUAAGAAGCUGAAAUGGUUCAUCAAUGAAAAUGAAUUUAGGGGAGACGUGAUAUUUCCCGUGUACUGUGAGGGACCAGCUGUAUUUAUGACAAAUGAUAUUGUUCCAGCUCUGGUGAAAUCGGCCAAAAUGUUACCGUUUUUCUGGCUUGAAGAUGUCUAUUUGUAUGGCGUGGUACUUCAGAACGUUCCUGGGCUGACUUACACACAAUUUGGUAGAGGGGUUGAAUAUGACUUACACGGGAAAAGGGUGAUUAAAUGUUUCAGGGAAACUUUGACGACAUGCACCUUUAUGAUUGUGGCCUGUUCCAACCAGACAGAUAUGGUUGAGGUUUGGAAAUACAUGCAGCAGCAAAAUGAAAUGUACUUGCCACAUAUCAUGGAACGAAUAUUUGAAAAUAUGGUCCUUCCCCCUUAAAUAUUUCCUGUGACCGUUCGUUUGUAUGCUAGUUGAUAUCAUAAUGUAGUUUGGACUCAUUGUUUAACGGGUAUCUGAGAGCCAGCAAACGGAUAAUGUCUGACUGAAAUUAUUAAACUAAAUAGGAUUAUUACUUUAUAUGAGCCGCACCAUGCAUGAGAAAACCAAUAUAGUGCAAUUGCGACCAGCAUGGAUCCAGACCAGCCGCGCAGUCUGGUCAGGAUCCAUAUUGUUCGCUUUCAAAGCCUAUUGCAGUUAGAGAAACUGUUAGCGAACAGCAUGGAUCCUGACCAGACUGCGCGAAUGCGCAGGCUUGUCUGGAUCCAUGCUGGUCGCAAAUGCACUUUGUUGGUUUUCUCAUGGUGCGGCGCAAUUAUGUAAAUGCCACGUUGAUGUAAGCCAAAACGCAAAAAAAUAUGCCACAUUUUAUUCUAUAGUUGUUGAACAAUUUAUUUAAAGUGAAUUUCACACUGUGUAGAAUUUAUUGUACAUAUACAACAUUACAUUUUGUAAAAUUUCACUUCCUGCAUCACUUGAUUUGUAAUAUGAAAUAUAUAAUGACUGGAUGUAAACGUAUAACAUUACUGAAUAAAAUUCGAUUUUAAAGGCAAGACUUUGAAAAAAAAGCAAUGAGGAUAACUUUUAAAAUAGUAUAUGUUUGUGUAGUUGACCUGAAGUUACCGACAGUUCAAAUCUUUAGCACCAUCGGCCAAGAAGCGACAGCGUCGGCCAAGUGGCAAUGAACUUUUUAAGUAACCUUCGGUGCAUGUCAAACAAUUUUACUUUCAAGAGGAUACUUGCUUGUUUAAAUGUUUUGCGUGCGAGUUUAGUAUGCUUGUGUUUUAACUGCAUUUAUGUCUUGUACUGUUAUCAUAUUUAAAAGUUAAGUUUAAAAGUUAAGUUUUAAGUUUACACCGUGCUUCUCUGACAAUUGCAACAAAAUCUUGAACCAUAAUGUAUAAUUUAUUUUUAAAGUUGUUUUAUUUUAAUCUCCAAAAUCUACUGUGAACCAAUGUUCUAGGAGAAUGUCAUCUUUUGCAAACCUUGGUUUAUGUUAAAUAUGAAGUGUAUAUAUGCAUGUUAAACUUAUUAUUAUGUAAAGUAUUACUUUGUUGCCACACAAGAAAUUUCUGUUACUUUGAGAAAUAAUUAUUGAAAGUAAAUAAAUAUUGUAUGUAAA